GAUUUAAAAUAAAAAUUAACCGCCAAUCACCAUCAAUAGGUUAUACACAAGUAUAUAACUUUAUUAUUAAAUAAAAGUAAUAUAUUUUAUUUCGGUAAUCAUUUUUAAAUAAAUCGGAAUAAAACGAAAUUCAAUGUACAUAAAAAUUCGUGAUAUAAAUGCAAAGCCUGAGGAAAAUGAUAUUUUUAUUGAUAUCUCCAAAACCUCCAAAAUCGAACAGAUUAAGAAAAAAAUUGAAGAAGAACGGGGAAUUAAAAUAAAUUGUCAAAGACUGUUAUAUAAAGGAAAGCAGCUAGAAAACGAUUUACGUGUUUUUGAUUAUGAUGUACAAUUAAACGAUGUUAUUCAACUUGUUAUAAGAUCAGAGGAGCAUAUUAACAAAAGCACUGAUAACAAAAAAAAGGAAGAAGGCCCAUCUAAUUCAACUGACAUUGUAAGGGAAGAAAGGAAAAAAGUAGACAGCAAAUAUUUUAAAGUAGGUGAUUUGGUAGAUGCACAUGAUCCAGAAUACACAGCAUGGUUUGAAGGUAUACUCGUUGCUGUGUGGGAAAACAAUGUAGGUUUACAAUCAACAUUAAAUAAUGAGGAUGUUCUUUUUCAAAUUAAGCUAGAAAACUUUGAACAUUUUGCUGACCUAGAAGUAGAAUUUAAAGAUAUCAGACCUAGAUCUUAUUACACCUACAAGAGGUCAGAGCUAAAGAAAGGAAUGAAGGUGCUAGUUAAUUAUAAUAUUGAUGCACCUGACAAGAGAGGCUUUUGGUACAAUUGCAUACUGACCAAUGUAGCAAAAGAAGAAAUUAAAGGAAACAUUCUUGUUGGUGGAGAACAGGCAGCAAUAAAUGACUGUGUAAUUAAGUUUCCAGAUGAAAUUAUGAGAAUAGAAACAAGUUGUUUAUUAACAGAAAAGAAAACUCAGGACUUCAAAGUGGCGCCCUUAAGAAAAUACAAUUACAGAUGUAUAAAUUGCAAAGAUAACAAGAAAAGAAAAUGCAAAGAGUGUGGAUGUCGUAUUUGUGGUUUGAAAAACAAUCCUGAACUUAUAAUUCUAUGUGAUGAAUGCAACUAUGGCCAUCAUACCAAAUGUCUCCUUCCUCCACUAGAAAAAGUCCCUGAAGAAGAUUGGUUUUGUCCUACAUGUAAAGUGGAUGAAAAUGAAAUUGUUAAGGCCGGUGAAAAACUAAAGUUUAGUAAGAAAAAAGCCAAAAUGGCAAGUUCGAAAAAUACCAACUCAAACAGAGAUUGGGGCCGCGGCAUGGCGUGUGUCGGGAGAACUAAGGAAUGCACUAUUGUUCCAAAAAACCACUACGGGCCAAUUCCCGGUGUUGAAGUGGGAACUAGUUGGAAAUUUCGACUACAGGUUUCAGAAGCAGGAGUACAUCGACCUCAUGUUGCAGGAAUUCAUGGCAGGGAAACAGACGGAGCUUAUAGCCUGGUCUUAAGUGGCGGUUACGAGGACGAUGUUGAUUUGGGCGAUGAAUUUUACUACACGGGAUCAGGAGGACGGGAUCUUUCUGGAAAUAAACGAGUGUCCGGGCAGAGCUGCGACCAGUCGUUAACUCGCAUGAAUAAGGCUUUAGCUUUAAAUUGUAACGCGGAAUUUAACGAUAUAAAGGGAGCAUCUGCGAAAGAUUGGCGAAAUGGUAAACCGGUAAGGGUGGUGCGUAAUUUUAAGCUUGGUAAAUACUCCAAGUAUGCUCCACGCGAGGGCAAUCGUUACGACGGUAUCUAUAAAGUUGUCAAAUACUACCCUGAAAAGGGAAAGUCUGGAUUUGUCGUUUGGAAAUAUUUAUUACGGAGGGACGAUCCGUUCCCCGCUCCUUGGAGCAAGAAUGGUAAAGAACUGGACAUGUUGUAUCCACCGGGUUAUACUGAGCUAGAAGAAUGGAAGAAAAAAGAGUCUGAUGAAAUCAAAAAUGCAAAAAAGAUAGAGACAAAAGGAGCGAAAAGACCGGGUAAGAAAAUUCCUGAGUUAACAACAAUGUUUAAAAAGUAUAAACAGGAACCUUAUAUUCUGGAGCCUGAAUUAAUAAAGUUGAUCAAUCAAGAUGACCAGAAUUUAAAAUUAUGGAGUGAAUGCAGGCAAUUUUUGUCUGAGGGGAAGCAGAAGUUUUUGUCUAAAGUGGAAGAACUCUUUCUUUGCAUCUGUUGUCAGGACAUUGUUUAUUUACCUAUUACAACAAAAUGCAAACACAACAUGUGCCAGGAUUGUUUGAAGAGGUCCUUUUCUGCAGAAAUAUAUACUUGUCCAUGCUGUCGUUCUGACUUAGGAAGAAAAUACAAAAUAACAGUAAACGAGCCAUUAACAUCAGCAUUAAAAUUACUUUUUCCCGGCUACACACAAAACCGAUGAUAAGUUAAAUAAACAAAACAAAACCAUUCCUUCUAAUUGAAAUGUUUAGUGAUUAGUGUUUUAAAUUUGUCACUUUUUGUGUUGAAAUUGUAUCAUUUAAUUUUUUUUUGUAAUACAUAGUAGUAGGACGUUCUUUUUAUAAUAAAGA